AUGUCUAAUGAAUCGAGUUUCUUAGCCUCACUACCACCGUUGCUACUUCUUCUUAGCUUCCUAAUGGCUUCCUUCUUCGACACGACAGUUGGGCAAAUCGGAGUGUGCUACGGGAGACUUGGAAACAACUUGCCACGUCCAGCGGACACGGUGGGGCUUUUCCGGCAACGAAACAUCCGGCGGAUGCGGCUUUACGACCCAAACCAAGAAACUCUCGCCGCUCUCCGCGGCUCAAACAUCGAGCUUCUGCUCGAUGUUCCCAACCCUGAUCUCCAGCGUGUCGCCUCAAGUCAAGCUGAAGCCGACAGGUGGGUCAACGACAACGUCCGCAACUACGCAAACAGUGGUGUCAGAUUCCGCUACAUAGCGGUCGGGAACGAGGUGCAACCCUCGGACCCAACCUCUAGGUUUGUCCUCCCCGCGAUGCAGAACAUCGAGAGAGCGGUUUCAGGACUUGGAAUCAAGGUCUCAACAGCCAUAGACACCAGAGGAAUUAGUGGAUUUCCACCCUCACAAGGGGUGUUCACACCAGAAUUUCGGAACUUCAUUGCGCCGAUUAUCGGUUUCUUGGCAAGCAAGCAAUCUCCUCUGCUCGUGAAUAUCUACCCUUACUUCAGCUACAUUAACAACAUGAGAGACAUUCGUUUAGAGUACGCUCUGUUCACUUCACAGUCCACUGUAGUCACUGACGGAUCAAACUCAUACCGAAACCUCUUCCACGCACUCCUAGACACUGUCUACGCAGCAUUGGAGAAAACAGGAGGCGGAUCGGUGGAGAUCGUAGUGUCGGAAAGCGGCUGGCCGACCGCGGGAGGAACCGCGACGACUGUGGAUAAUGCAAGGAUUUAUGUGAACAAUUUGAUACAAACUGUGAAGACUGGAUCUCCGAGGAGGCCAGGGAGAGCUAUAGAGACUUAUAUAUUCGCCAUGUACGAUGAGAACCAGAAGAAUCCUGAGUAUGAGAAGUUCUUUGGACUGUUUCUUCCGAAUCAACAGCCUAAGUAUGGUGUUAAUUUCAACUAA